GGGGUAGUUUUCUAAAAAAGUUCUUCAUGAAAUCUGAAAAAACAGGUUUUGUCUUAACAUAUUCCUGUUUUAUAUAAAGAAUAGAAAAUUAAAGAGUUUGCGUUCACAUAUGCUAGCUUUCCAUAAAGAAUAGAAAAUUAAAGAAUAAUCAGAGAUCUGCCCUCUAUUUUAGUAGUGGAUAUAAUAAAGAAGGAAUCUUCUUAACUGUUUAUUAGAUGAAAAAACAAAAACGUGCAAUUUUUAAAAUGGUAGCUGAAGAAGAUCACACUAAUUAACUAAACAGAAACCUGAUUAACCAUAUUAAGUCAAGUAAAUCAUAUGAAAGGUUUCUUGUUAAUGAAAAAGGACCUGUUGCUUUUUCUUCCAUAGUGAUAUAAGAUGUUUUGAACAUUGGGAUCUAGUUUUUGUUGUGUAUGGAAGUCUCAACAAUGACUUGGAAUGAGAUGUUCAUCUGCUGGAGAAGUCAUGUUUCUUUUAGAACUUUGUACUUGCUAUUCUUGGGUCAGGUGGUUUCUUUUGUACUUGCACUAGGAAGCUUCAGCUCUUCUCUUAUUGCCAAUCUUGGUGUUCAAGUGCCUAUUACUCAGUGUUCUUUCACUUACUUUUUUCUAGCUUUGGUUUAUGGGAGUAUCCUGCUCCACAGGCGUCAGAAAUUGCUGGUUCCUUGGUAUUGGUAUCUACUGCUGGGUUUCAUAGAUGUUCAAGGAAAUUAUUUCUUUAAUAAGGCAUUCCAAUUAUCUAUUACUAGUGUAACAUUAUUGGACUGCUGGACUAUAGCAUGGGUCAUAAUUCUCACUUGGCUCUCCUUCAACACACAGAAUUCCCUAUCCCAAUUAUUUGGUGCAGGUCUCUGUUUACUAGGUCUUGUUUUGGUCUUUUUCUCUGAUGCUGGGGUAGGCGGCAGAGGUGGAUCAAGACCUGUUUUGGGUGAACUCGUUAUUGCUGCAACAUUCUUCUAUGCCUUGGGCAAUUCUGGUGAGGAAUUUUGUGUAAAGAAGAAAGAUUGCAUUGAAGUGCUAUCCAUGAUCGGAGUUUAUGGAUAACUAGUCAGCUUAGUAGAGAUAUCCAUAGUGGAGGUAAAAAGUCUGCAGUCAGUCCACUGGUCUGCAGAUACUAUUUUAGCUUUUUCUUGCUUCACUCUAUCAACCUUUAUGUUUUACUCCCUUGCUCCUUCUGUCCUGGAGUUGAGUGCAGCUACCAUGUUCAAUCUCUCUUUGCUUUCUUCUGAUAUGUGGGCAGUUAUUGUUCGCAUCUUCCUCUACCACCAGCAGGUUGACUGGUUAUACUAUCUUGCUUUUGCCACUGUAGCUAUUGGACUGGUUAUUUAUUCCAUUAGUGAGAAGGAUUCUGCUCCUCCUGUACCAGCUUUUGAAGCCAGAAAUUCCAGUGCACAAUAACAAUUGCUUAGAAAUGAAAAUAUUACAGCAUCUAGAGAUGAGUCUAUAUCUCCAUGAAUAUUGAAGAUUGAACAGAUGAACAGAACAUGGGAUGAAUAGCUUAGCAAAUCCAAUAGAAGCUCAACUGUGGGAAGAUUAACUUGGUGUAAUUGCUGAUCAUUCGUGUACUUGAACCUUGAUUCACCCAUAAAUUUGAAAAUACCCGCAUGAUGUUGCAGAUUAU